AUGGCAAAAAUCAUUCUGAGGCACCUCAUAGAGACUCCAGUGCGUUACGAGGAGGAGUUUGAAGCUCGCGGUUUGGAAGACUGCAGGCUGGAUCAUGCUUUAUAUGCGCUGCCCGGGCCAACCACCGUGGACCUGGGAAAAGCCAGGGCGGCCCAGGCUCCUGCAGUGGACUCAGCGGCAGAGAGGCCGCCCCAAGCAGGCAAAUCCCGCUUCCAGAUCCUGCUGGACGUGGUCCAGUUCCUCCCCGAAGAUAUCAUCAUUCAGACCUUUGAAGGCUGGCUGCUGAUUAAGGCUCAGCAUGGAACCAGAAUGGACGAGCAUGGUUUCAUCUCAAGAAGCUUCACUCGGCAGUACAAACUGCCAGAUGGCGUUGAAACCAAAGAUUUGUCCGCGAUCCUCUGUCACGACGGGAUUCUGGUGGUGGAAGUAAAGGAUCCAGUUGAGACUCAGUGA